AUGUUAGUAGUUUCGAGGUGGACCAUAAAGAGAAGAGUUGUAGAGUUUGGCCUGGAGGAAAUCAUGGGGUUUGCUGACAUGGCAAAUGAACAACUUGAUGGCGUAGUGCGACAGUUUAUACAAGAACAUGGGUUUGUAGUUGGAAGCCCCAUUAUAAAUGGCUAUCUAAGAUCGUUUGGGAUUCAAAUACAACGGCAUCGACUAAGGUCAAGUAUUGGCCGUGUUGACCCAGUAAAUGUUACAAGAGAGUGUACUCUGUUUCAGGACCCAACAGUUUGUGACAUAUAGAUGGGCAUCACAAUUUAGUCAAACGGGGGAUUCGUCGUUCGUGGGGCAACUGAUAGGUUUUCGAGGUGCAUAGUAUACUCUAAGUGUUUCACUAACAAUAGGAGUGAGACCGUGGGGAUCUAUUUCUUUCUGCUACACGCAUUUUUGGUUGGCCAUCAUGUGUGAGAACAGACCACGGUAGGGAGAAUAUUAAGGUGUGGGAGCUGAUAGAAGAGGCAAGAGGUUCAAUUGACGAUUGAACGUCUAUAGAGAGACGUUUUUUGCAUGUUGUGUCACAUUUUCUACUACACUUUUAAAGGCAAUGGAGGAAUCAGGUGUCCUUAACCGUGGCAAUGACAUUCACCUCUUUGUACUUCAUUUUUUUUUCUGCCAAUAACAAAUAGAAGACUUGAGAGGCUUACCUCUGUCUAGAAUAAUCAUCCAAUUUGUACUGAGCGCAUUUGGUCCCCUCUUCAAAUCUGGACAAAUGGCAUAGUUGACAUGCGAAAUAACAGUAUUGCUGCAGUAUCAGAUUUCCACCAUGGUACUGCCAUGAACGACCUUGAAUGGUUUGGUUAUGAUUCUGAACCUGUACCUGGUAAUGACGGUCUUAGUUUUCAGCAAGUUGAAGAUGUGAAUUUUGACUUACCAGAGGUAGUGCGGCAGGAGCUUGUUCGCGAAGUUGAUCCACUGGAGUAUUCUGACAGCUUUGGCAUUGACGUGUACCUGAAGGCAUUAUCAACAAUUUUGACUGCCAUUAGUAAGUGA